CUCUUUCAUCAGGCCUUGGUCGAGCAGAGAGCCUUCAGAAACAGCGUCCGUCUAUGGAAUUGUCCACCUGGGCCGCGUCGCUCCCAGCAGGGUCAGAGGAAAGAGACCAGGAAAAUCAUCAGCAGCAUGUCCCUCAGUGACGACGAGCAGUUCAGCAUGGCUGAGAAGAAGGAGAAGUCCGCUCAAAGCCACGGCGCGGAGGAAGACGAAGACGACGAUCCCGAACAGGUCAAGACUCAAAUGCUGUUCAAUCGUCUGCACAGUAUCGUCAACAAGCUGACCCGUCUGACGUUUCAGGAGUUGAUGAAACAAGUGAUGGAUCUGACGAUAGACACAGAGGAGAGGCUGAAGGGAACCGUUGAGCUCAUCUUUGAGAAGGCCAUCUCAGAGCCCAACUCCUCUGUGGUCUACGCCAACAUGUGCCGCUGCCUUAUGGGGUUGAAAGUCCCCACCUCAGACAAGCCAGGAGUUUUUGUGAACUUCCGCAAACUGCUGCUCAACCGCUGCCAGAAAGAGUUUGAGAAGGACCAGGAUGAUGAUGAAAUCUUUGAGAAAAAGCAAAAAGAAAUAGAGGCUGCCAAAGAGGGAGAGGAGUGUGAGCGCUUGAGGGUGGAGCUGCAGGAUUCCAGAGACCAGGCCCACCGCCGUUCACUGGGUAACAUAAAGUUCAUUGGCGAGCUCUUCAAGCUGAAGAUGCUGACAGAGGCCAUCAUGCACGACUGUGUAGUGAAACUACUGAAGAAUCAUAAUGAAGAGUCUCUGGAGUGUGUCUGCAUGCUGCUCUCCACAAUUGGUAAAGACCUGGACUUUGAGAAGGCCAAGCCUCGUAUGGAUCAGUAUUUCAACCAGAUGGACCUGAUCAUCAAAGAGAGAAAGACCUCGUCAAAAAUUCGCUUCAAGCUGCAAGACAUCUUGGACCUCAGAAAGAAUAACUGGGUGCCUCAUAGAGAAGACCAGGUUCCUAAAACAAUCGAACAGAUCCACAAGGAGGCAGAGUGUGCUCAAGUUGCUGAGGAUGAAGACGACAACAAGUUUGUGACUGAGCAGAAAGUGGAGUUCACCACAGGAGAGGAGACGGAGUCAAAGGAAGUGGAUGAGAAGAAGGUUCUCACUGGAGAGGAGCUCAGCAAACAGCUGGACAGACUCAUCCAGGACAAAGCCAACAACGAGCGCAUCAGAGACUGGGCUGAGGCUAACUUGGACGAGCAGCAAACUGCUUCCAACCAGUUCGUACGAGCACUGAUGACGUCAUUGUGUCAGUCUGCCAUCAUAGGUGACAACCCGUACAGGGUGGAUGCACGGCAGAUCGGCCAGAGAGCCAGACUGCUGCAUAUAUACCUGUCUGAUGAGCAGAAGGAGCUGCAGGCCCUCUACGCCCUCCAGGCUCUGAUUGUGCACAUGGAUCAGCCACCGAACCUGCUGCAGAUGUUCUUUGACAUCUUGUACGACGAAGACGUUAUUAAAGAGGAGGCCUUCCACGAAUGGGAAGCCAGCAGAGACCCUGCGGAGCAAAAAGGCAAAGGUGUGGCCAAGAGAUCAGUCACCGCCUUCUUCACCUGGCUCCGUGAGGCUGAGGAGGAUGAGGAGUCUGACUAGGAAUAAAAGACUAAACUGAAAGUUGCCGCCCCCU